AUUGAGAGGGACAACCACAUGCUGUCGGAGAAAAUAGCUCUCAUCAAGAGGACAAAUGGUCUGAAAGGUCAUUCAGAAUCGCAUGAACGUAAGAGUCUGAGCGGAGAGAGGCGGAGGCAGGAGCUGUUGCGGGUGAGCGGGGAGAACCAGGUGCUGCUGAUUCGUCUGGGGCAGUGCAGGUCCUUCUACAGCGUGAAGGCUUGGCACGACGAGUGGCUGAAGACACUCAAAGUGAUGGAAAGCAUAACACAGUAUCCCCCAAGACACAAAACAGUGGUUAAGGAAUUGGGCCAACAGGGACUAGAGAAGUCCAUCAAGAGAUGCUCAGAGGAAAAGAGCAAGGCUGAUUCUUCAAUACACCAUCCUGAAAACCACUUAAUGAAUAACAAAACAGAUGUUGAGAAGGAAGAGAUGAAAAAAGAACCAGAAAGUCAGAACACUGCACAGGAGGAAUCACUUCGUGCUUCUUGAGGGUCAAUAUAGAGAAUGGAGAAACCCAUUUCAUCUGAUUCAGAGGACUGCAGCGGCACCGAAUCAUCAAACAAAGAUGACUGAGCUUCCAUUUCUGAAAACGUGAUACUUUUAUGUUAGUAGCAGUACUUGUCUAUUAUAAUUAAACAUAAUAAUGUCCCAAAAACCCACAACUCUGUCGAUUUACUAUAUGGAAUGUUACUAAUGCUUCGCAUAUAUGUUUAAAUGUCAUAAAACUUGUUAAUUACAUUUAUUUGUUGGUAUGCAAGGGUUAUACGAAGUUGAACCUUAGUUAAAUGUAAUAUGGAAUAAAGCGGAACUAUGUAUCAGGUUCAUGUUUCUUACAACAAGAUUCAUCAGUACACCGAAGCAGAAGCCGCCGCCGCUUUGAGUAUACGCUGCUAACCAUCUAGCAACACUACACAUUUCUCUCACUCUCCAUCUAUUCUUUUGAAUAUAACAAUGAACAGUUUUUAACAGUGCUAGCGGCAAACACAACGUUUAAAAUGAAUCUCGAAAGACUUCGAAAACGAGUACGGCAGUACAUUGAUCAACAACAAUAUCAAAGUGCUUUGUUCUGGGCAGACAAAAUAGCAUCCCUUUCAAACGAGGACCCCCAAGAUAUCUACUGGCUCGCUCAGUGCCUUUAUCUGACCUCUCAGUACCAUAGAGCCUCUCAUGCCCUGCGAUCCAGGAAACUCGACAAGUUGUAUGGAGCUUGUCAAUAUCUGGCCGCUAGGUGUCAUUAUUCAGCCAAAGAGUUCCAGCAGGCAUUGGAUGUCCUGGAUAUGGAGGAGACAGCCAGUAAGAAGCUACUGGACAGGAGUUUGAAGGAUGAAAAGGGUGUAGCAGAUUUGACUAAAGACUGGGGCAUGUCCCCUGCCUCUAUCAGCAGCUCCAUCUGCCUCCUGCGGGGGAAAAUCUAUGAUGCCAUGGACAACCGACCGCUGGCCACCUCCAACUACAAAGAGGCCUUGAAGCUAGACGUCUACUGCUUUGAAGCCUUUGACCUUUUAACGUCCCACCACAUGCUGACUGCACAGGAAGAAAACGACUUCCUGAACUCUCUUCCUCUGGGUCAACAGUGCAUAGAGGAAGAGGAGGAGUUGCUCCACUUCCUCUUCCAGAUGAAAUUGAAGAAGUACAACAAGCCUAGAGAUCUGGUGGUACCCGAGAUGGUUAAUGGUCUCCAGGACAACUUGGAUGUGGUGGUCUCGCUUGCUGAGAGGCAUUAUUACAACUGUGAUUUCAAGAUGUGCUACAAACUUACGUCGAUGGUGAUGGUGCAAGACCCUUUCCAUGCCAACUGCUUACCUGUACACAUAGGAACGCUGGUGGAGCUUAGUAAAGCUAAUGAGCUCUUUUUCCUUUCGCACAAGCUCGUCGACCUGUAUCCCAACAAUCCGGUGUCGUGGUUUGCGGUGGGCUGCUACUAUCUGAUGGUGGGUCACAAGAACGAACACGCACGGCGAUACCUGAGCAAAGCCACGACGCUAGAGAGGACGUACGGGCCGGCGUGGAUAGCCUACGGCCAUUCGUUUGCCGUGGAGAGCGAACACGACCAGGCCAUGGCUGCCUACUUCACAGCCGCCCAGCUGAUGAAAGGGUGCCACUUGCCCAUGCUCUACAUCGGCCUGGAGUACGGCCUGACCAACAACUCCAAGUUGGCCGAGCGCUUCUUCAGCCAGGCCCUCAGCAUCGCUCCCGAAGACCCCUUUGUCAUGCACGAAGUUGCUGUGGUUGCCUUUCAAAAUGGAGACUGGAAGACUGCGGAGAAAUUGUUCCUUGACGCAAUGGAAAAGAUCAAAGCCAUUGGAAAUGAGGUUACGGUGGACAAAUGGGAGCCGUUGUUGAACAACUUGGGUCAUGUUUGUCGAAAACUGAAGAAGUACGACUCUGCCCUGGAGUACCACCGGCAGGCCCUGGUACUCAUCCCCCAGCACGCCUCCACCUACACCGCCAUAGGCUACGUCCACAGCCUCAUGGGCGACUUCGAGAGCGCCAUCGACUACUUUCACACAGCACUGGGACUGAAAAGGGAUGACACAUUCUCCGUGGCGAUGCUCGGCCACUGUAUCGAAAUGUACAUCGGGGAAACGGACGCCUAUAUAGGUACUGACAUCAAGGACAAAGCACGCAGCAACCUCAACACGCCGGCGCUGGUCAAGGUGCUGAACGCGUCGCCGGAGUCCGGCGAGCCGGCUUCUGCCUCGCUCAUGGACGACAGCGACGUAAUGUCACUGGAGACGCCCAACCAGGAGAAGGCGGCUGGGGGCACCGAGACGCCGGAGACGCCUCUGCGCCGCUGCCUGGCGCUCGAGUGCGACAUGAAUGAGAGCGACAUGAUGCUGGAGACCUCCAUGUCAGACACCAGCACAUGAGCCGGUGGUGGGCGGGGGCUUCAUCAUGAAUGCUGAUGAAUAUCAAUUUCCCCAGCCCCACCACCCACAGACUUAUGAACCCUUUGGUGUCCGUCCUCUAUGUCAGAGUUAUUGAGAUACCGGUGUUCACUCCCCCCGCCCCCUUUCCUUUGUGCGUUCGAUAAUGCACAACUAAAAACGACGACGACAACAACGAACAACAUAGUACUUGCAAUUGUGAACACUGUAAAACGGAAGUGCAACGCAGUUCGUUGUCUUUUUUUUUUUUAAACAAGUUUGAUAUGAAGGGGUGGGGUGGGGGAGAGGGGGUUUAACUUGUGCCUUGGUACAGCGUUGAGGGCUCUCACUAUUGGACCCAGAGGUAAGCCUCGGGAGUCGCUGGGCAGAGCCACCGACAUCGUCGAAGACAUGGGUCACAGGCAGCACUCCAUGGCUCACCUCAACGAAGACCCUUCGCUCGCCACGGCGGGACGCUUCCUGACGCUAACCUGUGGUUUUUUAGCCUUGAAUAAACGGAACAAGUUGAAAGUAAGCAGCUUCUAUGAAUGUGGAAUGAUGGUAUUGCUUGGCGGUAAAAGCAAUGGAUACUCUUAGACCUUGUAUCUUUUGAGUUGUGUGUGUAUGAGGUUGAAGCAUGCUUGUUCACAAAAUAAAACUUGCUAUAUAUGUCAACUUAAUUGUAUUCACUAACU